AUGAGCUCGUUUUACGACGGAAAAUACCCUAGUGAGUUAGGGUUGGAAGAGGAACUGAGUCAAGUGAACUGCCAAGAUGAGUUGGAGUUUGAUUACCUGUUUGAAUACGAACCACCUUGCCACAACAUUCCCGGGGAACAUCAAGGUUUGUCAAGUCUCCCACGAGCUUUUCAACUUUUAUAUGCGUUUUAGUACUUUAAUGACGAAAAUUACUUCUUACACUAUGUUCUUCUCUCAAAAACGUUUAAUUCAAUGUCAUAAUUGAAAACAAAUAGACAGGAAGUAAUUUUGACAGAAUGUUAUUUUCCUUCCACUUCUACACUACCUGUCAAAAGUUUUAGAACACCUACUUAUUCAAGGGUUUUUCUUUAUUUGUAUUAUUUUCUACAUUGUAGAAUAAUAGUGAAGACAUCAAAACUAUGAAAUAACACAUAUGGAAUCAUGUAGUAACCAAAAAAGUCUUAAACAAAUCAAAAUAUAUUUUAUAUUUGAAAUUAUUCAAAUAGCCACCCUUUGCCUUGAUGACAGCUUUGCACACUCUUGGCAUUCUCUCAACCAGCUUCAUGAGGUAGUCACCUGGAAUGCAUUUCAAUUAACAGGUGUGCCUUCUUAAAAGUCAAUUUGUGGAAUUUCUUGCCUUCUUAAUGCGUUUGAGCCAAUCAGUUGUGUUGUGACAUGGUAGGGGUGGUAUACAGAAGAAAGCCCUAUUUGGUAAAAGACCAAGUCCAUAUUAUGGCAAGAACAGCUCAAAUAAGCAAAGAGAAACGUCAGUCCAUCAUUACUUUAAGACAUGAAUGUCAGUCAAUUCGGAAAAUGUCAAGAACUUUGAAAGUUUCUUCAAGUGCAGUCGCAAAAACCAUCAAGCGCUAUGAUGAAACUGGCUCUCAUGAGGACCACCACAGGAAUGGAAGACCCAGAGUUACCUCUGCUGCAGAGGAUAAGUUCAUUAGUGUUACCAGCCUCAGAAAUUGCAGCCCAAAUAAAUGCUUCACAGAGUUCAAGUAACAGACACAUGUCAACAUCAACUGUUCAGAGGAGACUGUGUGAAUCAGGCUUUCAUGAAACCACUACUAAAGAACACCAAUAAGAAGAAGAGACAUGCUUGGGCCAAGAAACAUGAGCAAUGGACAUUAGACCGGUGGAAAUUUGUCCUUUGGUCUGGAGUCCAAAUGUGAGAUUUUUGGUUCCAACCGCUGUGUCUUUGUGAGACACGGUGUGGGUGAACGGAUGAUCUCUGCAUGUGUAUUUCCCACCGUAAAGCAUGGAGGAGGAGGUGUUAUGGUGUGGGGGUGCUUUGCUGGUGACACUGUCAGUGAUUUAUUUAGAAUUCAAGGCGCACUUAACCAGCAUAAUAAUAUAAUAUGCCAUUUAGCAGACGCUUUUAUCCAAAGCGACUUACAGUCAUGCGUGCAUACAUUUUUGUGUAUGGGUGGUCCCGGGGAUAGAACCCACUACCUUGGCGUUACAAGCGCCGUGCUCUACUACAGCAUUCUGCAGCGAUACGCCAUCCCAUCUGGUUUGGGCUUAGUGGGACUAUCAUUUGUUUUUUAACAGGACAAUGACCCAACACACCUCCAGGCUGUGUAAGGGCUAUUUUACCAAGAAGGAGAGUGAUGGAGUGCUGCAUCAGAUGACCUGGCCUCCACAAUCCCCCGACCUCAACCCAAUUGAGAUGGUUUGGGAUGAGUCGGACGGCAGAGUGAAGGAAAAGCAGCCAACAAGUGCUCAGCAUAUGUGGGAACUCCUUCAAGACUGUUGGAAAAGCAUUCCAGGUGAAGCUGGUUGAGAGAAUGCCAAGAGUGUGCAAAGCUGUCAUCAAGGCAAAGGGUAGCUAUUUGAAGAAUCUCAAAUAUAAAAUAUAUUUUGAUUUGUUUAACACUUUUUGGGUUACUACAUGAUUCCAUAUGUGUUAUUUCAUAGUUUUGAAGUCCUUCACGGUGUAGUGUGUUACCAAUUGUUUUCUUGGUGACUAUGGUCCCAGCUGCCUUGAGAUCACUAUUAUUCUACAAUGUAGAAAGUACUAAAAAUUAAUAAAAACCCUUGAAUGUGUAGGUGUUCCAAAACUUUUGACCGGUAGUGUGGUUCUAGUAAACAUUACUAAAAAUAAAUAAAAAUGUUGACAAAAAUGAUACGAUUGAUCCUGUAUUUCUUAUGCAUGUUUGUAUACAUUGUAUAAUCACACUGUAAAAUAAGAUGUUGAUUAAAUUGUAAGGCAACCAGCUGCAACAGGAUUGUGAGUUGGCUCAACAUUUGGACAUAUAGCUGAACCAACAUACAUUCUCAAGUUGAAUUGUAUGGUCAAUCUACUUAUAAUUUUAGGUUGAGUGACCAUACAAUUCAACUUCAGAAUUUAUUUGACCUUAUUUGCAUAUUUCCCAGUGUGCCUUGCCUUUUGAGUGAAUUGUACUUACCACCUAUGACUGUAUUUGUUAGCAACAGAGACAAUGGCUUUCAGUCCUGUAGCAUUACCAAGUGAGUGUCUAAGUGAAUAUGUUAUCUUUACAAUUAAACUCUUUAUGACAAUACAUUACAUAUGGCCUUUCUUUGACGGCCUAGCUACAUUACAUAUGGCCUUUCUUUGACGGCCUAGCUACAUUACGUAUGGCCUUUCUUUGAGGGCCUAGCUACAUUAUAUAUGGCCUUUCUUUGAGGGCCUAGCUACAGUGAGGGAAAAAAGUAUUUGAUCCCUGCUGAUUUUGUACGUUUGCCCACUGACAAAGAAAUGAUCAGUCUAUAAUUUUAAUGGUAGGUUUAUUUGAACAGUGAGAGACAGAAUAAAAACAACAAAAAUCCAAUAAAACGCAUGUCAAAAAUGUUAUAAAUUGAUUUGCAUUUUAAUGAGGGAAAUAAGUAUUUGACCCCCUCUCAAUCAGAAAGAUUUCUGGCUCCCAGGUGUCUAGGAGCACACUCUUAAAGGGAGUGCUCCUAAUCUCAGUUUGUUACCUGUAUAAAAGACACCUGUCCACAGAAUCAAUCAAUCAAUCAGAUUCCAAACUCUCCACCAUGGCCAAGAUCAAAGAGCUCUCCAAGGAUGUCAGGGACAAGAUUGUAGACCUACACAAGGCUGGAAUGGGCUACAAGACCAUCAGCAAGCAGCUUGGUGAGAAGGUGACAACAGUUGGUGCGAUUAUUCGCAAAUGGAAGAAACACAAAAGAACUGUCAAUCUCCCUCGGCCUGGGGCUCCAUGCAAGAUCUCACCUCGUGGAGUUGCAAUGAUCAUGAGAACGGUGAGGAAUCAGCCCAGAACUACACGGGAGGAUCUUGUCAAUGAUCUCAAGGCAGCUGGGACCAUAGUCACCAAGAAAACAAUUGGUAACACACUACACCGUGAAGGACUGAAAUCCUGCAGCGCCCGCAAGGUCCCCCUGCUCAAGAAAGCACAUAUACAUGCCCGUCUGAAGUUUGCCAAUGAACAUCUGAAUGAUUCAGAGGAGAACUGGGUGAAAGUGUUGUGGUCAGAUGAGACCAAAAUGGAGCUCUUUGGCAUCAACUCAACUCGCCGUGUUUGGAGGAGGAGGAAUGCUGCCUAUGACCCAAAGAACACCAUCCCCACCGUCAAACAUGGAGGUGGAAACAUUAUGCUUUGGGGGUGUUUUUCUGCUAAGGGAACAGGACAACUUCACCGCAUCAAAGGGACGUCAAAUCUUGGGUGAGAACCUCCUUCCCUCAGCCAGGGCAUUGAAAAUGGGUCGUGGAUGGGUAUUCCAGCAUGACAAUGACCCAAAACACAAGGCCAAGGCAACAAAGGAGUGGCUCAAGAAGAAGCACAUUAAGGUCCUGGAGUGGCCUAGCCAGUCUCCAGACCUUAAUCCCAUAGAAAAUCUGUGGAGGGAGCUGAAGGUUUGAGUUGCCAAACGUCAGCCUUGAAACCUUAAUGACUUGGAGAAGAUCUGCAAAGAGGAGUGGGACAAAAUCCCUCCUGAGAUGUGUGCAAACCUGGUGGCCAACUACAAGAAACGUCUGACCUCUGUGAUUGCCAACAAGGGUUUUGCCACCAUUACUAAGUCAUGUUUUGCAGAGGGGUCAAAUACUUAUUUCCCUCAUUAAAAUGCAAAUCAAUUUAUAAAAUUUUUGACAUGCGUUUUUCUGGAUUAUUUUUUUGUUAUUCUGUCUCUCACUGUUCAAAUAAACCCAUAAUUAAAAUUAUAGACUGAUCAUUUCUUUGUCAGUGAGCAAACGUACAAAAUCAGCAGGGGAUCAAAUACUUUUUCCCCUCACUGUGCGUCCUAACACAGUGGUCUGAAACUCCUGGUUCAAGUUUCACUACUGGUUUACAGUAGUGAUGUGCAGGUCGCGAACGAUUCAUUUUUUUUAACAACUAUUUUUACUGACUGUAGAUUCUUGAUUCUUUUUGCUGAGUGACUCGUUCAUUUUAGUCAUUUGUUUGACCUGCUGGCCGCAAUGAAUUCCAGGCAUAAGAUUGAUUUAUUGAAACUGUAAUAUCAACUGAUUAUAAUAUAUUGUGGAACACAAUCUUUAAAAAAGGGACAGUAACCUCAGCAGUGGCACUUGCUUGUAGAAGCCUACGCAAUGGCAUAGCCUUGUUUUGUUAUAUAAUAUUAGGUUUUGGUUGAAGAUCUGAUAACAUUCAGUAUCACAAAUAUGCAAAAGUAAAGAAAAUUAGAAAGGGGGCAAAUACUUUUUCAUAGCACUGUAGGUUAAAUAUGAAAUGACCUUACGUUAAUGACUUUUUGCAAAUCCAAUCAGUUUUCCACAUUGAUUCAAUGUCAUCAAAUAUAUUUUUUUGAUAGAAAUGACGUGGAAACAACAUUGAUUCAACCAGUUUUUGCUCAGUGAACUAUUAACGUGUUGACCAGUCAAUAAAUGAUACGUUUGGAUUCAGAACCAUCUCAACCUAAAAUAAAAGUUAAAGAAUAGGAUUAAGCCAGUGGCUCAGAUAAAACUUUCCAAGCAGUAGAUACAUCUUCUUUAAAUGUUGAUAUUUGGUUGCGUUGUCAACAAAACACCAAUUCAAUAUUACUUUUGUAAUACAGUAAAUAGCCUAAAGUCUUACAGUAUUUAUUCAGCUUUAAAAUGAGUAACACAUCCCUGGACACAUUUUGAGGUUACUGUAACAAUAAAUGUCUUCUUAUGUAAUAAUAGAAACCGUGCAUGUUAAAGAUAGCAUGGAAAUGUCGCAGGUCUGUGGAGAUCUUCACAACUGAUAAAACAAUCUGCACAGAAUCUCAAACGGUAUUGACCACUUGCACCAUGUACUUAAAUAAUCAAUCCAGGUAAUUUGGUUGUGCUAGUAGAUGAAGCACAGUGAAAACACAUUAAGUUGUUGUAUAAAUAAACAAAAUAUCUGACAUUGUAUUCCCAUUAAAACAAUUUUUGAAAGCACAGUGAUAUCACAUUUAGGUAACAACUAAACCAAAAAUCAGACAUUGAUUUUCAAUUGGAAUUUGGUUGUGCUUUUAGAUGGUUGAAAGCAUUGGGAAUUUAACAAACUUUUGACUGUCUUUUUGAGGUUGGAAUCUCAUUGAUCAACGUAUCAACCAAAUAUGACCCAAUUCUCCACGCUGAAAUUACGUGGUGUGUCCAGUGGUUAGCAAUCACAAAUGUACAUUGUUUGAAGCACACAGUCUCAGCCACAAAUUACCGCUCCAAUAGCCACAAAUUACCGCUCCAAUAAUAAUAAUAAUAAUAAUAAUAAUAAUAUGCCAUUUAGCAGACGCUUUUAUCCAAAGCGACUUACAGUCAUGCGUGCAUACAUUUUUGUGUAUGGGUGGUCCCGGGGAUCGAACCCACUACCUUGGCGUUACAAGCGCCGUGCUCUACCAGCUGAGCUACAGAGGACCAGCUAGGCCGUCAAUAAGCCCCUUAUGGUGAGCGAGAGGCUUGUAGAAUCAUGAUUCUUUCUAGUUUUUAGUUCACCGUUCACCGGUAGGGGGUCCUGCGUGAUCUGGGCAUUACUGAAUCAAAUGAACAAAAUGAGUUGAAAGAUUUGAUCUUUUGACUGAACGAGUUGAAAAGAUCAGAGUCAAUAAAAAGAGCCAAACUUCCCAUCACUACUUUACAGGCCACAUCACUUCGCAAGUCACAUUAUUGGAAACCAGCCAGAGUGAAGAUAUCCAACAAUUGCAACCACAGGAGCCUGUUGUGGGAGGACAGCUCAUAAUAAUGGCUGGAAUGGAAUAAAUGGAAUGGUAUCAAGCACAUGGAAACUACCCACUGGGCACAGGUGUCAGUCAACAUCUAGUUUUGAUUUACAUUUGGUUGAGUUUUCAACUAACGUGAAUUCAACGUGAAAUCAAUAAGAAAUGUCACUGUCAUUGGAUUUAGGUUAAAAGUUAGGGGGGAAAAAUAUGAAAUUCCCUUACGUUGAUGACUUUUUUCAAAUCCAAUCAGUUUUCCAUGUUGAUUCAACAUCAUCACGUUGAUUGUUUUGGUUGAAAUUACAUGGAAACAACGUUUAAUUUUUGCCCAGUGGGUAUGUGUUUGAUACAUUUCCAUUUAUUCCAUUCCAGCCAUUACAUUGAACCCAUCCUCCCCAAUUAAGGAGCCACCAGCCACCUGUUUUUGGAACUAUCAAUCGGCUGCAACAUGCAUUGAGAAUGACUGCCCAGAUAGGAAUGUUUGGUUUGAGACUACAUAAGUCAUAUUAAUUGGAACAGCCAUCUCAGCAACGGGUGCAAUAAGUCAAACUAUUAACAGAUUGGAUUGGUUUAGAAAAAUGUAUGUUAUUUAUGUUUGUGUAGCAUAAGAUGAAUCAACCAAUCAAUGUACAUGCAAAAACACGGGUAUUGAAACAAACAAUUCUGAAAAUCAACCUGCAACAGAGCAUGCUGGGAAAUAUGAUAAUGAUGGGUGUGGUUUUGAGUGGUUUUGAUCAAACAUGAAUUUGUAAUUUUCCCAAAUCUAAGCCUUUUGUUUUCUAUGAUUGUUAAUCAAACUGAUCAAAGGGAUUGAAUAAAAAUGAUUAACAAUAUGGUUAUUUGAAAUGGUUAUUUGAUUAAUUCAAUAAACACAUAAUUUCAAUUAAAUGUGUAUUGAAAACAUGGACGUUUUGUAAGAUGUGCGAUUUUUGGGGAAAGUGAAUAUCUUUAGUGAGAAAUUAUUUUACAGUCCCUUUUAUAAAUUAUAUUUUUUUGUUGUACUUUCAUGUGUUUUCUCUUCCUUGUUCCCUAUCUCCCUCUGUAGAUGAGCCAAAUCUCUCCUCACAGAGAGUCCUCAGCCCUGCAUCUGGUCUGGCCUACACCCUGGAGGAGGCUUCCCCCUACAGCAUUAAGUGUAGCGAGCACAACCCAGAGUGCCUCUCUGGCUAUGAGCACCUGGAGGCCAAAAACUACCUGGACCACUCUAGGCCUGGGGGUAUCGCCCUGAGCCCCAGGAUCGAGAUCACACCGUCGCGUGAGCACUACAGCCAUGGACGAGACUCCCUGCAGAACCACACUCUGAACAUCAGCCCCCGGCCCACCCUGACCGUCCCGGGCCACGACAGCCUGGCCUACCGUGAGCCCCAGUGCUUGAGCCCGGCCUCCAGCAACUCCUCCACCAGCUGGCACUCGGAGAGCUACUCCCCCUGGGCCUCCCCCUGCGUGUCCCCUAGUAGUGGCCAGACCGGGGCCGGGGACCUCUGCCCCCGCUUCCAGAACAUCCACACCGGCUCCCCCCGCACCUCCCCAGGCACCUCCCCCCACACCGAGGAGGGCUGCCUCGGCCCCCGCUCGCCCUCUCCAUCCCUCAGGCCAGGAUCCCGCUCCGCUUCCCCACAGGGAAAACGCACCUACGACAUGUACAGGAACCCCAGCCUGGUCACCGGGAUCCGCUCCCGCAGUCCCUCCCCCCAUAGGGGCCACGAGGAGCACCCCCAACAGAACGCAGGGGCCCACUACGGGACCCCCAACAGUCUGGCUGAGGCCAUGAACGGCUACGGCACUGUCCAGCCUGGUCUAGUCCCCACCAAGAUAGUGAAGACGGCCAACCAGGCGUAUGCCUUCUACCCAGAGAACCACAGGGAGGUCAACUACCUGGUGUCCUGUGAGCAAGAUGCUAAGAAUAAAACUGGGGCCGAAUCCUUCUUUGUGAUCCCUCCCAUCUGGACCAAGCAGCUGGUCCCCAACCUCUGCAGGUGAAUGGUGUAGGAAACCUGUACUGUAUAGGUGUAUCGUGCAGUUUUAUUAUGAAUCUGAUUUAGUUGUUAAUCUGUUUAUUACAUUGUAUUACAUGACUUAUAUGACCAAGCUUUCAUGACCCAUUAGGACCCACAAUUUAGCUAGCCUAAUCAUUGCACAAGACAAAUUAACACUUUUUCCUGUAGCAUCCCAGUGUCUUCUCUGCCCCCUCUGGAAUGGCCUGUCCCCAGCUGUACAGACCAGUACAAGCUCCACGUUGACGUGCAGCCCAAGCCCCACCACCGAGCCCACUAUGAGACAGAGGGGAGCAGGGGUGCGGUCAAAGCCCCCACUGGUGGUCAUCCUGUCGUCCAGGUAUGCUGCAUCCCACUGGGCACAGACUUCAAUUCAACGUCUGUUCCACUUUGGUUCAAUGUCAUUUCAUUGAAAUGACAUGGAAACAACGUUGAUUCAACCAGUAUGUGCCAAGUAGAAUGGCUCUGUAUCACUCUUAGAAAAUGAGUUGAUUUAUGGAAAUCUUUUUUGGUUCUAGGUAGAAUCUUUUCACCAAAUGAAGAACCCUCAAAUAACCUUUUAAGAACCCUUUGGUGAAAGGAAUCUAUCUUGAACCAAAAAGGAUAAUACAUUUCCUGGAACUAAAAAGAGUUAUCCUACAGGGACAGGCGAAGAAACCUUUAUGGUUCUAGGUAGCCCCUUUUAGUGUAGGACAGCCCUAAUAGAAAGGCCUGUUGCGUGUAAUGGUAUUUCCUAGUCAAUACACAGCUGUGCUACUACUACCCCAGGGCCUGGCUUAGGAAAAUGACUACUGUGUGUUACUGUGUAUGUUCUACAGUAUAUGUUCUUUACCUCAUCCUUUCUCUCUCUAUCUCUCCCUUUCUCGCUCUAUCUCUCCCUAUCUCUCUCCCUCCUCCUCGCUCUUCUUCCUAGCAGCCUGCCAAACUCACUGAAAUGAGGUAUAAUGUGCACUGAUAUCUUACGCAUGGCAGCUACUGUUUCCUCAAGUCAACUCCCAGACUUGAAUUCCAGCCAUUACUACAGUAAACCCCUUGCAGAUUAUUGUUUUUGCCUUCAUUUACUAUGAGCAACAGCUUUUGUGUUAAUUGUUUCAAACCAAGUGUCAUGAGAACGCUUGUCUUCUUGCAAAAAAAUACACCACUGUGUUGCCCCUCACAGCCCAAUGUUUUAACCACAAGCAGAUUUCAGCUUUUUUGGCUAUAUACACACAGGUCCCAUGACUCCAGUGAUCACUGGAGACAGGAGUGGUGAGCUUUAGUCAGGCAUACUCAUAUGAACAUAUAAAAAACAGAAAUGUUAAGUUUUGUUAUACAUGCUGUAUUGAGCUAGUAUCACUUCUUUACAUGUUCAAUCUAAGCUGAACUUAAUAGAAGGCAUUUCCACUUCGUUUCGUAUAUGUUAAGUAGGGAAUAGAACUUUCAGUUCAUAUUUUAAUGUUUCCAAGGCAACGUCUUGAAAGCUUACUUGUUGUUGUUGAUAGUCAGAACCUGGCCGGGUAGAAAUUAAGCAUUUCUCACUUUCCAUUUUCUGGCUCUCGCUGAGGUCAGUGAGCUGUGCCUGGUGUCGUCCGAUCACGUGGCUGGCUAGGCACGGCCAAACUACUCCCUCUCAGUCCCAGACUCUGAACUCCCUCCACUUUAAUUUUCCUAGUCCCACUCGCUCUGACUCACUCACUGCAACCAUGGCAACCGGCUUCUCAGAUGGCCUGUUCUCUUAUAGACUUCCUUUAUUUUACUCAUUGUGUCAGACUCAGCUAGCUGUGUUCAACACCACUCUAGUUUUUGCUUACAUUCAACAGUUGUAAGGAGUUCCACCAGUGAAAAAGCUCUGUUCUACAACAGUGAAUGUGAAUAUUUGUAAUUCUCACUUGACUUUAGAGAGGAACCGCACACUAUGCUGUAGGCUACUCAGCUUCCUAGGAUAUGCCUCUUUCUCUCAGUCAGUCCCUCCACGUCUGUUUCUCUGCUGUGGCUGUCUGUCUGUCUGAGCAACAAGGAAAUUAGAUGAGAUGUGAUCUCUGCCGUGCCUCUUUCAGCCAAACCCUGCCCCCUCACUAUACUCUUCUCACCUGUUCGGCUGUCGUAAAACUCACACACACACACACACACACACACACACAGACACACACACACACACACACACACACACACACACACACACACACACACACACACACACACACACACACACACACACACACACACACACACACACACACACAGAGAUUAGUGGAGAGACCAGAGACAUCUCACAAUUAAGCAUGCAGAAACCACAAAGCGUGAACUUGAAAAUAAAAGUAUCUGUUAAAGUAUCAUCCACGCACACACACACACACACACACACACACACAGAGAGAGACAAACAGACGUAGAUUAGUGGAGAGACCAGAGACUACCUCGGAAGGAAGCAUGUAAAAACCACAAAGCGUGAACUUGCAAAUAAAACUAUCUGUCUGAAAAAUCAUGAGCUUGAAAAUGUUGUGUGUGUGUGUGAGAGACAGACAGAGGGUUUUAGUGGUGAGAUAAGAAAACUAUGUAAAGUGUAGACGCCUGACAAGGUUGCAAGCAUACUUUGAUUAUUUAACUGAAUAUUGGCGACAACUACGCCUACUUUGCAGUUGUAUGCAAUGAUUUUGAUGAAUAUUUAUGAUUAGGCGUUUCCCAUCAUGUUAUAAACAUUUAGUAUGCGGCCACAUCCAAUUCUCCAGACCACUCCACUGUAGAAGUACUGGAAUUAACGUAGACCUAGUCUUUCUUUUGUCUUGAAGGUAUCCGUGGCACAUUUGGCCAAACUAAGGCUUUGGCAGUCACAUUCUAAUAAGCGUGCCAAUGAAUGAUAGUGAUUCCUAUGGAGUUCUUUUGAAUUCCAAAGACGGCUACUUUAGAACAAACAGCUGCUGGCUGAUAUUCAAGGUUGAGGACACUAAUGUUUCCAGCAGUGAGUGUGUCUGCUAAGCUAGCAUCUACAUUUUAGUCAUUUAGCAGACGCUCUUAUCCAGAGCAAGUGCAUACAUUUUCAUUUUUUAUAUAUAUUUUGUACUGGUCCCACAUGGGAAUCAAACCCACAACCGUGGUGUUGCAAAUGCCAUGCUCUACCAACUGAGCCACACGGGAGCCCACCAGGCUACACCAGGCUAAGGUAUCCUACCAGGGGGUUAGCUUUAUGUUUAGCCAAAGCUGUUAGCAGAAAACCGUCAAAGAAGACAUAGUUAUAGAGUCAUUCCACCUCAAAAAGCUAAAGAAAGAGGAUUUCGACACCCACCAUCUCAGAUUGUUUCGAGAUAACAGAUAAUAUGAGCAUGCCUGCAACAUUAUUUUGGUGAAAGAUAAUUUGAACUCUGAGAAAUUAAGCUAAUUGAUUGGCCCCAAAUUGUCAAUUUAAAUGUAUAGGAUUAAUAUAAUAUUCAAUAAAUAUAGUACCCAACAUCUGAUUUUGACCAAACCUCUUCUUAACAAUGAUUAAGGCUUGAGAAAUCCAAAUAAAUGUUCAAAAGCCACCAACAGACACCCCAAAACCCCACACCAAGCCCACCCAAAUGGCCAGUAUACAGUAUCAGUUCUCUAUGUUUGACAAGUAGUAUGACGCUGCGUCUUGGAGUACAGUUUAAUCAUACUAUGUUUUGUAUUCUCUGUGAAUUUGAUGGGGAUUUUUCCCCUGUUCAGAGAAAUUAGCCAUUGAAGUAGCUUGCAUUUUCCCCCAGUAUGAAAAAUUUAUGCACUAACUGUAAGUCGCUCUGGAUAAGAGCGUCUGCUAAAUGACAAAAAAAAAGUCAAAAAAAAAAAAAAGUAAAUUAGUGUGAAAGUACCAGGUUUUGCCCACUAGAGGCCGCUAUUCAUGCUACUGCCACCCUAUUAUCCCUUUUUCUGGUCUCUUGUGUUUACAUUUUAGCAGACGCUCUUAUCCAGAGCGACUUACAUGAGCAAUUAGGUUUAAGUGCCUUGCUCAAGGGCACAUCGACAGAUUUUUCACCUAGUCGGCUCGGGGAUUAGAACCAGCGACCUUUCAGUUACUGGCACAACGCUCUUAACUCUUAACCACUAAGCUACUAAGCCAGUCCUCCAUGAAAGCAGUUCAGUUUGUCCUUCUCUUAGCAACUAAUGCCUCAUCCAACUCUCCUUGAAUAGUCCAACAAAUAGCAGCUCUCUGAGAGGGCUAACCCUAUGGUGAAAUUCUCAUAUGAAGACUUUUCCUACAAGCCCAAUUUUUUUAUGGAGAAAUGAGCUAGUGACUGUUGUGACAAUCCUAAUAAAAUAAUACAAUUCUAAACCAUUGCAUGGCAGUCAAUAAAAUUAUUAGAAAACAUCUUUACCAUUAAAUCCAACCCAAUUCCGUUACCUUUGCAAAAAACCAUACAGUGUGUGUUUGGGAAUUUUAACAUUGAACACCCUUAGCUAGAGAACAUAACAUUGAAACCAUUAGCACUGCUGUAGCCUAAUCGUUUGCUUGUUCAACAGGAAUGGUCUAAUCCAGACUUUUUUGGAUGGGAAUAAACCACACACACAGGGUCCGUUUCCUGGACACAGAUUAAGCCUAAGAGAAGGACCAACUGAAUUGCUAUUGGUUUUCUACUCAAAGUUGCAACAUAACUAUUGUGAUCCAUUUAGUAAACACAAGAAACCAGCUGAAUUUGAUAAAAGGGUGUGGCAGUAGAAGGAACAGCAUCAUCUUUUGGGCAAAACCUGGCAUUCACACUCAUUUAUGGGGGAAAUGUGAGCUACUUCAAUGGCUGAUAUCCCUGAACAGGGGAAAAGAUAUCACCAAAUUCACUGAGAAUACAUUACAUAGUAUGAAUAAACAAUACUCUAAGCCGCGGCUUCAUACCACUUGUCAAACACAGAUAACUGAUACUGUAUACUGGACAUUGGGGUGGAUUCCUCAGGUCAUUUUUUAAAAUCAUUUUUAAGAAGAGUUUUGGUUCAAAUCGGAUGUUGGGUUUUAUAUUUAUUGAAUAUUAUAUGAAUCCUAUAAAUUGAAAUGGCCAAUUUGGAUGCAAAUUGUCUUUCAACAAAAUGUAUUUAUUUCUAACUACAGAAACCAUUUCAGGACAAUCUGAGAUGAUGGGUGUCAUAGCUUGCUGAAAUGAAAUUGAAUGACCCUAUAGGCAAAAUAAUGACAAAUACCAAUCAUUAUAUAAAUUCAACUAUGCAAUGAAACACUGGUUACCUACCAAUGGGCAUAUAUAAGGGGGGGGGGGGGGGGGGGGUGGAACAGGCAGAAUAGAAACUUGAAAAAUUACGCAUUAUGGAAAGUGUGAACAUCUUGACUUCAUGUAAAAACAAUUUUUUAGUGGAGUUUCCUCUGGUGUUUCUUCCAGUUGCAUGGCUACAGGGGAAAGGAGCCACUGGGCCUGCAGAUCUUCAUCGGGACAGCAGAUGAGAGGAUCCUGAAGCCCCACGCCUUCUACCAGGUUCACCGCAUCACGGGCAAGACGGUCACCACCACCAGCUACGAGAAGAUCAUCAACUCCACCAAAGUCCUGGAGAUCCCUCUGGAGCCCAAGAACGACAUGAAAGCAAUGUGAGAGUAGCUACAGUAGUGAUUCAUGCCAAACACCACUCAUACGGAGCAGUGUCCUUUGCAGACUUCGGUUCAAACUGUAUUUGUUUUCUUUUAAACUCGUUGAGCCUGUUUACUGAGCCUGUCUCCAGUGCCACCAGAUGGGCGGGAUGGAUUUGCACUGAUGGGAAUAUUCCAUUGGUUCCAUUGUGCAAGGCAUGCUCAAUCAAGUUUUUGAAAUAAAACUCAUACUAAUUGAACCCAGGUCUGAUCUCAUUAACCAUAUCAGUUGUAAUCAUAAUGCAACACAUGCGUACCUGUACAGGGUUUACAGUAGUUAAUUCUCCUAUUUGUGUGUUUCUCACAGAAUCGACUGUGCUGGGAUCCUGAAGCUCAGGAAUGCUGACAUUGAGCUAAGGAAAGGCGAGACGGACAUCGGACGGAAGAACACUCGUGUGCGUCUAGUGUUCCGUGUGCAUAUACCCCAACCUAAUGGGCAACACAUCUCACUGCAAACCGCCUCCCAUCCUAUUGAGUGCUGUAAGUACAUCCAACACUGUAAUAGUUAUUUAUGUAAAAUGUAUUUAACCAGGUCCCAUUGAGACCAGAAUACCUAUUUUCAAAGGCAGACAUAUUACCUGUGCUCUUUAGUGUGAUAAACAUAUAGUCUGUGAUUCUAUGUGGUGUCUUUCCUUCUAUAGAUGUGCUAUAAUUAAAGCAAUAAGGUCUGAGGGGUAUAUUGGCCAUACCACAAACCCCUGUGGUGCCUUAUUGCUAUUAUAAACUGGAGACCAACCUAAAUAGAUCAGUAAACAGGUAUUUUUGCAUCAUACCCAUAAUAUAUUGUCUGAUAUACACAUGGCUGAAAUGCUGUUUCAGCCAAUCAGCAUCCAGGACCCAAAGUACCCGAUUUAUAAUGUGGUUUAGGUUUAACAUGUGGUUAUACUGUAUUUUCAUUUUACACAAUGCAGUACAUUUCCAUUUAUGUUUCCUCUUCCCCGUUUUCAUUGCACUGAUGUUAACCAGAGGUAACACACAGAAUGAAUAAACAUGGCUAAAGCUUGGAGUAGAGCUGAUAGUCCAGGCACACGGACAUACAAAGACUCUUUUAUGAUUAGGCUGGCAGCUCUCAAACCUCAACUCUUUUAGUGGGUGUGUGUUUGUGUGUGUGUCUGAAUCCUAGUUAAAAGCUAAACAUUACAUACAUGUAGGCGAACAUGUCCAGGGAACAUGAAGUCCAUGUACCUGUAUAUGCUAUGCCAGUGACGUGCGUUGAGGUUGGUGGCUUUGUAGGCAAUGGCUAUUAUCAAAGCCCGAUUUAUUCGCAAAUAAACAUUGAAGCCCAAGUUCACCAUACAACAGAUAGCUCCAACAACCAGAGUGACAUAUGCUAUUAACCAAAAUUGACAAACAAUUUUCACCAAAUGUAAAUACCAAUGUAGCCAAGCGAUAGCCUCCAAUGGCAGGAUAUUUCAUAUCAUCUGACAAAAUAACACACUGCUCAACUCAGCUCAGCCAUAUACCAAUGUAGCAUCCACAGUUACAACUAAAAGGUGGCACUAAAAUUCCAAUAUAUGGACACAUUUCAUCCGAAUAAUUCGCAACGCAAACUCCAUAACUUUUCACGUUGGAUGUACAAUUCUUCCAAUGCACGGUGAACACACACACACACACACACACACACACACACACACACACACACACACACAAUAAUAUUAUGAUGUGAAAUAUAAUUACACACACAUACAGUAGAUCCGGAAAGUAUUCAGACGUCUCAACUUUAUUUCACAUUUUGUUACGUUACAGCCUUAUUUUAAAAUGGAUUAAAUAAUUGUUCCCCCUCAUCAAUCUACACACAAGACCCCAUAAUGUUUUUAGACAUUUUUGCAAAACAUAUAUAAAAAAACAACUGAAAUAUCACAUUUACAUAAGUAUUCAGACCCUUUACUCAGUACUUUGUUGAAGAACCUUUGGCAGCGAUUACAGCCUCAAGUCUUCUUGAGUAUGACGCUACAAGCUCGGCACACCUGUAUUUGGGGAGUUUCGCCCAUUCUUCUCUGCAGAUCCUCUCAAGCUCUGUCAGGUUGGAUGGGGAGCGUAGCUGCACAGCUAUUUUCAGGUCUCUCCAGAGAUGUUUCAUCGGGUUCAAGUCCGGGCUCUGGCUGGGCCACUCAAGGACAUUCAGAGGCUUGUCCCGAAGCCACUCCUGCGUUGUUUUGGCUGUGUACUUGGGGUCGUUGUCCUGUUGGAAGGUGAACCUUCGCCCCAGUCUGAGGUCCUGACUAGUCUCCCAGUCCCUGCCGCUGAAAAACAUCCCCACAGCAUGAUGCUGCCACCACCAUGCUUCACCGUAGGGAUGGUAUUGGCCAGUUGAUGAGCGAUGCCUGGUUUCCUCCAGACAUGACGCUUGGCAUUCAGGCCAAAGAGUUCAAUCUUGGUUUCAUCAGACCAGAGCAUCUUCUUUCUCAUGGUCUGAGAGUCAUUUGGGUGCCUUUUGGCAAACUCCAAGCAGGCUGUCAUGUGCUUUUUACUGAGGAGUGGCUUCCGUCUGGCCACUCUACCAUAAAGGCCUGAUUGGUGGAGUGCUGCAGAGAUGGUUGUCCUUCUGAAAGUUUCUCCCAUCUCCAUAGAUGAACUCUGGAUCUCUGUCUGAGUGACCAUUGGGUUCUUGGUCACCUCCCUGACCAAGGCCCUUCUUCUCCGAUUGCUCAGUUUGGCCGGGCGGCCAGCUCUAGGAAGAGUCUUGGGGGUUCGAAACUUCUUCCAUUUAAGAAUGAUGGAGGCCACUGUGUUCUUGGGGAUCUUCAAUCCUUCCCCAGAGCUGUGCCUCGACACAAUCCUGUCUCGGAGCUUUACGGACAUUCCUUCAACCCCAUGGCUUGGUUUUUGCUCUGACAUGCACUGUCAACUGUGGGACCUUAUAUAGACAGGUGUGUGCCUUUCCAAUCAAUUGAAUUUACCACAGGUGGACUCCAAUCAAGUUGUAGAAACAUCCCAAGGAUGAUCAAUGGAAACAGGAUGCACCUGAGCUCAAUUUCUCAUAGCAAAUGGUCUGAAUACUUAUGUAAAUAAGGUAUUUCUGUUUUUAUUUUUAAUACAUUUGCAAACAUUUAUAAAAUCUGUUUUUGCUUUGUCAUUAUAGGGUAUUGUGUGUAGAUUGAUGAGGAACAAAUUGAAUUUAAUCAAUUUUAGAAUAAGGCUGUAACGUAACAAAAUGUGGAAACAGUCAAGGGGUCUGAAUAUUUUCCGAAUGCACUGUAUAUAAUAAAUAACCCAGCAAACUAACAUUGGUUCUGUGAAAAUGUCCAGAACAUUCGUUUGCUGGCAGCAAAUGUUCACAAACACACAUUUUCACAAACACUGUCCAGUUGUGCUGAUUAUUAUACAAUGUUUGUAUAAAACAUUUGCCUGACGUUGCAAGAAGGUGUCCAGUAGAGAUGACUAUUUUCCCGAAAAUCUACCAAGUUUCAAUACCGGGAAUAAUUCCUAUUUAUCCAGAGAGUCCCGGGAAAUACCGCCAAUUUAAAGCGUUUAAAACCAAGAUAUGGUCACUAUGCCAGGGUUCUCCCAAAAUAAGAUUGUUGCUGCACCACAUUGCCGGCUUGGCUGCGCCACUAUGCAAAGGUUUCACAGCAAGUGAAACUGAUAUGUAGUAAUGAUAGAGUAACUUUGAUUGCCAAUGACAUUGUUGUGAAUUGCGAAACAGGCCGUUCAUAAAUUCAGAGCAUCAUCAAUUUUCUCAAUUAAUUCAGCGCAUUUCAUCAGUAGGCUAUCUCGACACAGAGCGCGCUCAGGAUGCACAGAGCGCACCCCGAGUAGGCUGUAGUGUUGUCGAAUCAUACAAACUUUGUAACGGCAGUCAAACAAAAGCCAAAUGACCAAAGUUGCUAAGCUUGAUAGAUAACUAUCAAAUGACAGAAUAUCUCAGAUUUGGCAAAAUUGAGUUGACGAUUAUACAGAUAACAGAUCAGCUCAUGAAUAACGGAGAGAUGAAAAGAGGAAAUUGUUUAAAUAUCAAUGUAUCUUAACGGGGACCAACUCUGUUUAAAAAAGAAUAAUCCAUAUGUACUCUCAUACCAUUUGUUGAUCACGCAUUCUCUACCGACGCUCUCAUAUGGACAGCAAUAAGAGACUGCAGAGAAGCGGGGGAAAUGUUAUAGCGGUAUUUUUACAUGCAUAGGCCAGACGUGCUUUAAUAAUGGAUUACAGAAUAAAGUUAGGAAUUUCCAUGUGAGACAGGAAUCAGGAUUUUGGGUUUCAGUGGGAUUGGGACGAUAGGAAAUUAGCCUAGGCUCUUUAUAAGGCUAUAUAAGACUACUACGUGAGUCAAUAGAUAAAUAAUACACUUGAUUUAGUCUACAUUAUUGCAUGCUAAAUGUUUCUGAUCAGUGAUAGAUGAGCAAACGAAUAAAUGAGCUACCACUUCCACUUGUCCAGCCAGAGAUCAAUUAACCAAAUAUACAAAAUCACAUUGAUUGAAAGUCACAGGCUUUUGAUCGGGAGUAAGACAGGCUACUACACGAAUGAAGAGCAAAAUCCACAGGUAUAACAUGCUAGCAAAAUGUUCUGAUCAGCUAAUAUAUGAGCAAACUAGAAUAAAGAUGAUAAUGAGCAAUCACCUCAAUUUAGCGAACAUUUCCCCAGCCUAAUUGUUACCAAACUGAGAUUCAGUGAAAAGUAAAAUCUGACAUUGAUUGAUUUAUCUCGACGAGUCCCCCACGCUUGUCUCAAAGCAGCGUGAUGGCGCUGUCCCAAUCAAAACUGUGCUUAAAUGAUAAUAUAGGUGACCACACACGAGUAUUGCUUUAAAUUAGUAUAACGGUUGGAUAUGACGUUGGGAGUUUCAGUAUAAGCAAGAAUUUGAUACAAGCCUUCAAUUGCAUUACUUUAUUCCAAUAUUUUUCCUCUAUCUGCGCUUUUUCUAGGCCCAAUCACUGUUUCCUCAUGUCCUCACUCCACUGCCGCCCGCCUCCGCCGCGUUGUUCUCAACACCAGUUUAAAUCAAUAUAGCCUACUGUUUUCUAGAAAUCAGGCUUUUUUUCGGGUUCGGGCUCAUUUCAUUUUUGUGAUGUUGGACUAGGCCUGGGCUCACGCUUCAGCUCACCAGGUUUGGGUCGGACCAGGAUCAAAUUUUCAAUUCUGAUGAGAACUCUAAACUGCAUUCGGGGCUCGUGUGCAGUCUGACAGUGUCAAUUAUGUGUUUGCUUUGAAUUUAUGGUGACUUUGUUUGAAGUAAAUAUGCUAGGUUCCAUGCAACAAUCUGUUUGGAUAAUGUGCUAUUUUAUUUUUUGCCAAUCUGCUGCUGUGCAUGUUGUGUAUUUUGUGGAAUUGCAUUAGUGCGACAUUGGGGGAAAAUGUUGUAAUUUCCCAGGUCUUGUCACGUUUUUUUCGGGAAAUGUGAAGCGUGAUCCCGGGACAGUCCCUAAGAACAUUACCGGAACAUUGUGUUAUUACAUUACCUGGGGAUGCUGUCUAUUCUCAUGAUUCAACAGUACAACCCGCAAAUUGCAAAGGAAAAUGCAUUUAGGCCUACCCUUUACUUUAGGGUGAACCUCUCAGUGACCGCGUAAAUGUCCAAGAUGUGUAAAAGUCUGGGUAAAAAGUAUUAAUUCAUAAUGACAUUUCAGACAAGUGGACAGUCCUGUACUCACUGUUCGCCUGCCCGACAGCUAGCAGUAAGGGAGAUGGUGGUUGCCUGUCAUGAAUAAAGUCACGUCGUAGAGGUAUGCUGCCUCUGUUUGGUCUAAACUUUCAUUAUUGUUGACGUUCCACUCUUCAAACCCUCCAAAGAGCGCCUUACAGUAUUCCAACUUGGAAUGUUGUUUGAGGUGCAGUAUAGUGUCCAUUUGUCAGUUUGUUUUUGGUAGCUACAUUUUGAGUUCGUUCAGUUCAAGGGAUGUGAGCGCCAAAUUAUGUAGCUUACCCCAGGCAAUACCCACACAACAUGUUUAGGCAAUACGCAUUGCGUAAAAUAUGAAAUCGGCUCAAUGCAAUAAAUGAAGCUACUUCAAACUAGACCCUGUCCAUAAACAGUGACUGGAGUCAGGAAUGGCCGCAGCGUCCACUAUUUGAAUGGAUGGAGAGGAAGACAUGAAUACCCUGGCGCCGGUCCUGAGGUUUUGAUGCAGUUUUAGCAGAUUUGUUGAUUUUGAGCAUAAAAACCAUUUAUGAAAAAAUAUUAGAUAACAAAAACAACAACAUUAGAUAACAAAAAAGAAUGUCAAUUAUUUAUAGAAUUAUAUAUUUUAUUUGGCUUUUUAUUAGAUUAUCACAGGGUAAGCACUGCCUACCCUGCCUACCCUGACUGCACUGCAGUCCAACACUCAGAUGCAAUCUCACUCCGGAGUGUCAGAACAUUGUCGUCUGAUGAGCAAAAUAAAAAUACUGUAUGCAGUCAUGCAGUCAAGUGCAAAAUUGUGUUUGCACAGUCAUAAUAGAACACCCCCAACACAUCUGUUAAAAUGGCCAAUAAGCAAACUAAACUGUGUCAGUUGUGUGUGUGUUUGAAGAGACUAGCCUCCAGGUAUUAUCCUCUGUGUUGACUCACAGUAUAGUAGGCUGUCCAAAGGUCACAACUGUUUGCCUACACUUCACACGCCUCACUGGAGAUAGAUUUUCAGGCGGGAUAAUGAUAAGCUUGAGGAAGUAACUUUCGUUCAUUUGGUCUCAAUCUCAUCAUGUGUACAAAAUGUUUUUAGAUUUAAUUGCCACACACUACUCUAGUAGUAAACAUGAUCUGCCGUCCAUUCCCCAAGUGAUUCAUUUGGCCUUUAUGUAACCCCUUCUGCUGGCAUUGCUGACAGUCGAUCCCCAAUAAUAAGGUCAGUCACUAAAAGAUAAGAGCAGAGAGUCAAGCCUUGAUUUGCUGUAGUCGGGUAUUGGUUCCCUAAACAUGGCUGCCUCCAUAGAAAUAUAAUUACUAGAACUGAAAUUCCCUUUUAAGUCACUGGGUCUGUAAUGGGUGGACUGGUGGCCAUAUUGAGUGCACCCAAAGGUGUUCCAGUUGAAUUGCCAUGGUCUGAGGAGCUUGCUCGUUCUAGUAAUUAUAUUUCUAUGGCUGCCUCUGUCUCUGUGGCUGCAACUUCAGGCCCACUGCCUCGAUUAAGCUAUCAGUCCAGGAAAUCUACCGUACCGGGAGAGAAUACAGUACAGCAGCCAAUCAGUGUCUACUUCAUGGACAGGUCACAGGGUUUGUUGAACAUACUCCAACAUACACUCCAUUGCGUAAUGAUGAAAGUGUUGGAGAGGUCCACCCUCCAUGUUCCUUCCCCCUCCUCCCGCCGCCCCUUUCUGUACUGUAGGCUACCGCACGCUGUCAUAUGUUUCCACUGGACCGAGUCCCACUUCCAUGAUGUGCUCUGUUUGUCCAGGCCUGUAGCGUGUAGCCGCAAUUUACAUUACAACCUCAAAUUCAAAUAAAAUCUCUUCAUUCAUAUCCCCCCACUCUACCAGGUUUACUGUACUGUACCAAGUAAUUGCCCCAUAUUAAUAUCUACACAAAUCUAAUAUUCAGACAAAUAUUUAAAGUACACAAUGAGGAAAUAUGUUUUUUAAAUUAGUCGGUACGAGCCUCAUUCUAAUCAGUCAACAAUUACCUUGUGACUUCAAAGCAAACAUCAACCGGAGAUCAAACUGACUACCUCAAAAGGACCUACCGCAGAGUGUGUAACAUUAUGUUCUAAUAAUGCCAUGCUCCAUCUCCUGUCCUACAGCCAGUCCUCUACCCACUACGCCAACAUGAGCUGUCAGUACCACAGUGUGUAACGUCAUGUCAUAAUGUCAUGUUCUCUCUUCCAUCUCACAGCCCAGCGGUCCGCCCAUGAGCUGCCCAUGGUGGAUAAACAAGACAUUGACAGCUGCUCUGUCCUGGGAGGUCAGCAGAUGAUCUUGACGGGACGGAACUUCAGCUCCGACUCCAAGGUCAUCUUUAUGGAGAAAACCCAU